AGGGCAAAGGCAGCAAAACCCAACUCAGCCCUCUGCCCUCUGCCCUCUGCAAUUGUCUCUGCCUUCUUCUCUUCUUUUGGCUUAGAAAGAAGGAAACUUUGUUUUCUUUUUUUUUUUUUUAAGUUUACAGGGAAGUAGCAGAGAGACAAAAAGUUUGAUUUUUAUGUGUUGAUAUGGAGGUCAAUAGUAAUACUAACAUUGCUGCGCCGUUCGUUGUGAAAACUUAUCAGAUGGUUAAUGAUCCGAUGACUGACACUUUGAUCACUUGGGGUAAAGCUAAUAACAGUUUUAUAGUCAUCGACCCUUUAGAUUUCUCUCAGAGGAUUUUGCCUGUUUACUUCAAGCAUAACAAUUUUUCUAGCUUCGUUCGCCAGCUUAAUACAUAUGGUUUCAAGAAGGUGGAUCCGGAUAAGUGGGAAUUUGCAAAUGAAUGGUUUCUCAGAGGGCAAAAGCAUUUCUUGAAGAACAUAGUAAGAAGAAAGCAUAAUAAAAAUCCAUACAUGCAAGUGAAAACUGAGGACUUAAACGACGAGGAAAUAGUCAUUGAAAUAGCGAGGCUAAAAGAGGAACAAAAAUCGUUGGAAGAAGAGUUACAAGGCAUGAACAGGCGUUUAGAAACCACUGAGAGACGCCCGCAACAAAUGAUGGCGUUUCUUUACAAAGUUGUUGAAGACCCUGACCUCCUUCCUCGUAUGAUGCUCGAAAAGGAACGCACCAGACAACUUAACGCCGACAAGAAGCGACGGUUGACGAUGAUGCCAUCCCCGUAUUCAUCUUCUUCAAGCCUGGCCGUUUCGAAUAAUUCAGUAAAAUCUGAAGAGGAAGAAGAAGAAAGGCAUCCAGGAGUAAUUUCGUCCCCAGAAACUGGAUUCGAUAUAGACAACAACUUUUGUCGCUCAAAUUAUCAAUCGUCGCCAUCGCCUGAGUACUCCAAAGAGUUAUUGGGGCAUAAUAAACAAAUUGUGGGGCAAGUCAUGAACUACGGUUGCGCCACAGUAACUAAAAAAUUACCGGCGGUUGCGGUGGCACCAUCAGUGAUUGGAACCGACAUGGCGGUGACUUCGUCGGGAACGACUAGUAUAGCAGGGUAUGAUGAUAGGAAUGGGCAAUUCGGUUAUUUUGGAGAAAUGGCGGCGCGCCCACCACCGCCUUAUCCAUUUUCGCUAUUGGGGGGUGGCUUUUAGUUAGUUGCUGCACGAGACAUAUCUUGGAUUCCACCUUUCCUAUUUAAUUUUGUUUUUAGUUUUAGAUUUUGCGUAUUUUAUUUUUGG